GGACAUGCGCAGUCGCUUCUAACUCUGGUGACAGGCGUUGACUACAGAGCAGAAAGCAGAAGACGAAACUCGUAGGGCUUAAACAUGAGCGAGGCAGCACAUGCAAGGUCAGUGAAAUGGACCUGUCAACACUGCACUUUGCAAAACGAGAACUUCCGGAAACGAUGUGCAGCAUGUCAUCAUGAACGAAUUCAUACUGAAAUAUUAAUAGCGGAGAGAGGUCACACCGUUCGGGGAUGGACGUGCACCAAUUGUCACUAUGACAACACCAUGCAUGUCCAAUCAUGUAACAACUGUCACAAACGAAAUAAACCGUUAGCAAGAUUAGUAUCUCAGGAGGAAUAUUUCAACGUUGACAAAUGGCAUUGUAAAUUUUGUGCUUUUAUGAGCCCUGAAACUCUACAUAAGUGUGAAAUAUGUGAUAAUCCGAGGGAUUGGCAGGCGAGCAAUAGUGGAACUCAGGAGGAUGUUUCUGGAGUUGAUUGCGGAAAGAAGAAAGAAAAGCAUGAUAAAAUAACAGUCGAUAGAGGAAACAAUAAGGACAAUGGCAAAGGGACAAAUACAGAUAAAGAAAAGCAAAAGAAGAAUUCUGGACCAAGUGCCCACAAAGAUCGCGCGAAACAUGCAGAUGCUGCGGAGACCGAUGAUCACUGGCUAUGUAAAACUUGCACGUUUCUGAAUAGUAAGUUAAUGGAAAAAGAAUGUGAAAUGUGUGAAAGUGUUCGUCCAUCGUCGGUUGUCCAGAAGCCACCUAUCCCCCGAUCGGCAAAGAGACAGCGACUUCAACAACAAGAGAGUGUACGGGUUGUAGACCUGCAAAGGAGAGAAGAAACUGAUGCUUUGAAGAGAUGGACAAGUAUCACAAAGUACUGUAGAGAGAGAAAAACCAAGUUUACUGAUAAGAGUUUCCCUCAUGACAUAACAUCGCUGUUUGUGAAACCAAGGAAAGAGGGAAGUAACCCACAAUGGCGUCGUUGUAAUGACAUCUCUUCAGGCAAUCCACAUGAGAAAUGGCUGGUUUAUCAAGAGAAACCCGUCCCAGACGAUAUCGAGCAAGGCUAUUUAGGCAACUGCUGGUAUCUCAGCGCUCUUGCAGUACUAGCGGAGCGAAAGGAGUUAAUGGAUAAAAUCAUACUCACCAAAACGUUUUGUCCGGAGGGUGCCUACCAUGUACGGUUAUGUAAAGAUGGCUGCUGGAAAAUAGUCCUGGUCGACGACGCGUUUCCAUGUGAUCCUAACAAUCGUCUGUUGUACUCAAAGUGUAAACGAAAACAAUUAUGGGUUCCCCUGAUCGAGAAAGCCGCCGCUAAGCUAUUUGGUUGCUAUGAGGCAUUGACAGCAGGGUACACUGUUGAGGCUCUAUCUCUUCUAACUGGUGAACCCUGCGAACGCAUCAACUUUCAAGAUUCAGAGGAGGGCGAUAAAGAGACAGACAGGGUGCUCGUCUGGUCAAAGCUGGUGAAUGCUAGGGAAUCAAAAUUUCUCAUGGGCACGGCCUGUGGAUCUGGUAAGAAGGAAGAUGUUGAUGAAGAUCACUUUAAGAAGAUGGGUCUCAUAACAUUUCACGCCUAUUCACUGCUGGACGCACAGGAUGUUCAGGGAAAUCAAUUGGUGAGGGUACGAAACCCGUGGGGACGAGAAUCGUGGAACGGGGACUGGUCUGACCAGUCUCAGAGAUGGUCAAGCAUCAACAGCUCCUCGAAAAAAGCACUCAACCCCACGCAAAACCAAAACGGAAUAUUCUGGAUUUGCCUCGAGGAGUUUAUGAAAUACUUUUACAGUGUUGACAUCUGUAAGGUGAGGUCAGACUGGAACGAGGUUCGAAUAAAAGGAGUCUUCCCUCCAAAUGCCGGGAAACCAUGGAAGUUUAUCAACCUGGCCAUAAUGGAGAAAACACAGUUGGACAUCGGACUUUUCCAGAAAAGUUACAGGGGACAAAAAGGACCGGAGAAUACAUUGGAUCUGUUUAUUGUCGUGAUGGAGAACGAUAUGGGUGGUCCUAGACUGUUCAAGAGAGUGGUAGCAACGAGCCGAAGGUCCCAACACAGCUUCGUAGGGUGUGAGGUAGACCUACAUCCUGGCUACUACACAAUUGCAUGUCUGGCAUUCAAGCACUGGAAAACCGCUGACCACAGUGGACGUCCACCAAUGGAUGAUGAGCACCUCAGCCGGGAUUUCCUUCUGGCCAUUCACAGCUCGCGGAUGAUACUUUCGGAGGAGAUAGACAGCCAAAUCCCUGACUAUAAUACCGCCCUCGCUGACGUCAUCAUCCAAACAGCGAUUCAAAAAGGGAAACGAAAUAAGCUUGACAAAGAUGAGUUUGUGAGGUAUGAACUGUGGUGGCAUGGCGUCAUUAUUGUCCUAGAAAACAAAAGUCCAAAGAAUUAUAUCAGUUACAAGUGCGAUACAUCUAACAGCUCGUACCUGCUAUCCACACGGGGCACCUUUGUUACUUUAGAUUGUCUGCCACCCAUGCACAGACAGGUGAUAGCAGUAUUAACACCACACGACGCAAAGAUUGGAUGGUCAUCGUCUUGUCAGUUUACGUCCAGUGUGAGGACCAAACCUGGUCUGCACCCACAAUUGGGUGGUCCGACGGGAAAGAAUAACCUUCCAGAAAUAACGUCACAAUUAAUGGCCCUACAUGGACCUCGUCCAAUUUUAUGAUUGAUUACAUGGUACAGUACCAAAAGAAAGAGUCGAUUGACGUAUAAAUAGGACAGAUCCUGAGGACAACACACAUACCUCAGCCGAUAUAUAUAUUUCACCAAUUACAAGUUAUAUGAAAAACAUAAGGUGACGAACGCUAACAAUUCCUCGACAAGUUAUUUAUAACACCGUCAUAAUAUGACACUAUAGUUCUCCUCGGCUAAGGUAGGCCGAGAAUGUUCUGCCAGAGAAGAAACCGUCAUAUCAUCACAUAAAGAUCAGUUAUGAUAAGUUAACUGAGGGUGUUCUUUAAAAAUGUAGCCGUUAUAUCAUCACAUAAAGUUCUGCUAUGAUGUGUUAACUGAAGGUGUUCUGUCGGAAAUGUAGCCGUUAUACCAUCACAUAAAGUUCUGCUAUAAUUUGUUAACUGAAGGUGUUCUGUCGGACAUGUAUUCGUUGUACCAUCACAUAAAGUCCUGCUAUUAUUGUUAACUGAAGGUGUUCUGUCGGACAUGUAACCGUUAUACCAUCACAUAAAGUUCUGCUAUAAUUUGUUAACUGAAGGUGUUCUGUCGGACAUGUAACCGCUAUACCAUCACAUAAAGUCCUGCUAUUAUUGUUAACUGAAGGUGUUCUAUCGGACAUGUAACCGUUAUACCAUCACAUAAAGUUCUGCAAUAAUUUGUUAACUGAAGGUGUUCUGUAGGACAUGUAACCGUUAUACCAUCACAUUAAGUUCUGCUAUAAUUUGUUAACUGAAGGUGUUCUGUCGGAAAUGUAGCCGUUAUACCAUCACAUUAGCUAAGUAGUGUUGCCAUGACGGUGUUAUUUCUGAGAGGUCUGAUGCUAGAGCCGGCUAGUUAUUGGGAGUUUGUUAAUCGAAGCUGUUACAAGCAGCGAUUCACUAAACCCCUGCCAGCAGUAAAUUCGUUAGUCUAGAUUCUGAAUAAUUGAUUAUAAUAUUCUUGAAAAUCUUAUCUCUGAUUACCUACAUCUAAAUCAUUGCAAGAUACUCAUUUCAAUGACUUACCUCCUCCUAGCAGCGUAUUGGUGAUUUAAAUAACUUAACUGCUGCUAAUCAUUAAACAGCGGCAAAUAACUAAACUGCUGCUACUAAUUAUACAGCGGCAUAUAACUAAACUUCUUUUAAUAACUAAACUGCUGCUAAUAAUUAUACAGCACAAAUAACUAAACUUCUGUUAAUAAUUAAACAGCGGCAAAUAACUAAACGUCUGCUAAUAAUUAAACAGCGGCAAAUAACUAAACUUUUGUUAAUAAUUAAACAGCGGCUAAUAACUAACCCCCAACUAAUGAUUAUACAGCGGUACAUAACUAAAUUUCUGUUAAUAACUGAACAGCUGCCAAUAGCGGAUUUGUUAUUCAAGAUUCUAAAUAACUAAUGCUAAUCUCCUUAAAAAACUUAUCUCUAACUCUCAACAUGUUAAUUAUUGCAAGUUAAUUUACAUAAAUAUAUGUAUUAUUGAUACGAGAUAUAUCAGGGCUAACUCAAUAAAAUCAAUUAUGAUGAAAUAGCCUAAAAUCAAUCUAAAACGACAGCAAAUUCAACGAAGCAGGCAAUGAGAGAGCCGCUAGGGUGCUAAUUACAAAGAUGGUUGUGUAUUGUCCGAAAUAUUGCCGAAACAGUGCCAGACGGGGUUCUAUGAGCCCGUAGACCCCUCCUAACCCAGAAGUAUCUAAUAAUUUACAUGGUGAAGUAUUUCAGGGACAUGCAAGUGAUAUUCUAGUAUUCAAUGUAAUGCAAAUUCUCGCGUUGUACUGCUGCAAAUAACAAAGUCCACUUUAUUUACAAUCAUAUCUAGCUUGCAACCAUAUAGACGAUUGUUACACAACGUUGUGUAGUAUCAAAACUCUUGUCAGCUUUACCUCUGUUAUAGAUAUGAACAAAUUGAUAUUCUAAACUUUCAACAAUUAUUUGAAAAGUUCAAUUUGCCUUGCAUAUAAAGAAAAUACAGAUAAAUAUCUCUAUAAUUGGCAGAAAAUGGUGUAAUUGUUAUUAGACCGUGAAUUUCUUAACAGACAACAAUUAUUGAAAAUUCAGCUAAUUGUGUUCUGCUUUUCUUAAAUAUUUACGUUUUGAUAAUUUUUAUUUCAAAUCUUAUCGCUAAUACCAACAAUACUGGCAGUUUGUUGUUGCAGAUGGUGAAUACUAUAUUGUAUAGCAUUAUUCUUAUCAUUGACAUAAAGUUGACUAAACUUAUUCAAUAAAAGCGGUCCGAGAAUGUCCUUUAUCUCUUUCGUCCAUAUAUCCUAAUUACAAACAGGCGGCCAUUUUUAUGACAAAGCUUAUGAUUCCUAAAUCAUAAAUACAUUUAUAUAUAUGUAUAGAAAUAUGUCUUCAAAGCUCACUGGAAUUAUCGUUUAAAAAAAGUUAAAAUAAGACAUUGGAAAUAAGUGGAAAGACAAACCUGUUGAGAAUGUCUACAAUAGACUCGCUAUACAACGCAUCGCUGUUGCUAAAGAUUGCCAUCGGAAUAUCAUGUGUUAGUUGGUUCUUCCACCUUUUUGGUUUUGCUACGCCCUAUUGGUCGACAGCGCACUAUUUUUCAUUUUUUGGAAUCGAUGUUCAUUUUGGUCUGUGGUACUACUGUACAGGAGGAGAUUGUAAAAAUUAGGGGAAAGUGCAAAGUAAGUGGUAUUGCUUAUUUAUUUUGUACGUAAACGGAGUGUUUUCUCUCUAUCAAACCGUUCCAAGGUUCGUAGAACUUGCCUGGGGUUCACAACCUGAAAAUAUAUCUGUCGUAUGACAAAUAAAUGCAAAAUAUAGAAUCAAGAUAUAUAAAAUUCAAGUAUUUGUAUUAACAAUACAUUUUAAAAGCUAUCUAAUACAGUUUUAUAACUAUCCCUGACUUUAAAAAAGCUGUAAUAUAAGUUAAAAAAUACCCCAACAAAACCAACAAUAUCACAACCUUAUACUUAUAUGACAUUAUCGACAUGUCAGUAGUAAUACAUGUAGAUGGACCGGCGUUGUGUCAUUAAUUAUUCACAAAAUACCUCUUCAUUAUCCGCUGUCCAAUUAUAUCCAAAACAUCACUCGCCCAACAAAAAUUACGAGGAAUAUUUCCAAAUUAUCCUACCUAACUCUUUUACCACUGAAGACGCAUUUGCACGCUUCCAAAUCAAAGGUUGGAAUAGUUCAUUUUGAAAUUUCAUGGGGGAAUGAGUUAAAUACCACUCGGCUAAAGAGAAAGAUCGAGCUGAGCCAGAUACUCUUCUAAAUAUCUGAAUCCUGAAUGACGAACUGUACGAUGUCACUGGCUAAUAGUACAUUAUUCGCGCCAGAAUAUCGUUUUGAUCACUUCUGGAACAUACACCGCUAUCAAGGGUCACGUAUAUGAUAACCAACGACGCCUCAAUGAAGGUAUUACAAUGAUGGUCAAUAGAACUAGCCCCAAUACUUCCUUAAAUGUACAUUAUAAUAUCAAAAAUCAAUUAAAUAGCUCAAGGGCGGCUGCAUUCACCAAAGCGAACUUAUUCGAUGCUUAUACAAGAUAACAUAAAAAGGUAGAAAUAAAACAAUCAAAAUUACCUCCCUUUUUAUAUGUUUAUCUUGAAAUUGAGUAGUCUGAAAAAAUUGAAAAAGUAUUCCUAUGGAAAAAGUAGGACUUUUGGCCUUGAACCAAAGUAAAGAAUGAGAUUUUAAACAAAUACACUUUCAUCUUUAUAAACCAUUCGUAUCACUAUAUUACCGAAAUUCAUAUUCACUGGUUUUCGUUAAUUUUCGUAUUUAAAGAUUUUUCAAUACAUCAUAUGAAACAGAGCUAAGGUUUUCGCCAUCCGUCCUUGAGGCAAAAGUAACUGUAUCCCUUGCUGCUAGAAAAAAAUAAGACAAUCUAAAUACAAACAAAUAAUAGAAAUAAGAACUGUUUUGUAUACAUCAUUUCUAUCUUUUUAGAUUUUGAUAAAUGAACACAUAUUUCGAGUGAGUGACGUUCAUUAGAUAAACGUUAAAAAAUCCUGCCUAAGCAUUAAAUAAAGCUUCAUACGAACAAUUGUCAGCAUUUUCGACUUUUCCGUUUUGCGUUGUAAAUUAUGUCUUCAUAAAAAAAAAUCAGUAAAUGUCUAAUGCAAGGGAGAUUAUUCGUACAACAUGUUAGAAAAAAUAAUUGAAAUCAUAAAUUUCCCGUCAAAAAAUCAUCAAUUUGUCGUUGAAGGAAUUUGAUUAAAUACUGAACAUAGCGUCCUAAUUUAUGAUAAAACUUGAAUAAAAAAUGAAACAAACAGACAAAUCUGCUCAUAUUAACUUAUCUGCGCCAGAUAUGUGUCUGGCGGAGCAGAGUUUGGGCCGACUCAUCAUGCAAUAGAAUAUGGAACAUGUAAUGAUUUAUGAUGAAAAAGGAACAAAUGGGAACAUUAAGAAGGGAGAAAACUCAAAUUCUGCCUUCGGCUAACGCAAGCCGAGGGCCUUAUUAUUUUCAAAAUAAUUCUUUUAUAUUUCUUAUAUAGUUUUUAUGUUAUGUAAUUAGUUUUUUUUCUGUGUCUCGAUAAAUGAGCGGAUUGCUCCGAAAAAUUGACAACAUCAUAUUGUCCACACUGUAAGAAUGACUUCCUUGCCCCAUGUGUAUAUAGGUAAGACAUAGGUUUGUUUUAAUCUGCAUGCGUAAGAUUGAGAAGAAAACGUUUUUGACAUUUGUACUAUUAUAUUUCUCCCGUUAUUUCUCACGUUAGUUGUGUGAAGUGACGACCUAUUCAAGCGACAGAUUCCAAAGGAAGGAACUAUAAUACUUUUAAUCAUAUUUUUAAGAAGCAAACAAAGUUGUGGAAGAAUAAUACAUUCUGACAAGGAUUUAAAUGGUAUAAAAUGCUUCUGAAUGAACUUUGAUCCGUGGUAAAGCAAUAUAUUGACUUAUUGUUUGACGUACGUUUUAUUUACGUACAUUAUUUCCGGUUGUUGAAGCGAUUAAAUGUGCAUUAAUGAAUACAUUUGCAUAUCAAGAGCUCAUUAUCUGAAGUAGUGCCAAUAGCUGGCGGCGACACGCCUUAUCCCAACACGUGUGGGGUAAACUAUUAAUUUUCUAUAGCAGUAUAGGACUAUUUACACUGCUGUGACAUAUCAAAAGUGCUGUCAUGUACAUUGUAUACUAUGAUAUGAUUUUGAGUAUGUCCCGUUUAUACACUUUUUCUUUUGUUUGACGCACACCUGAUUGACCACUACAGUGUACCUAAGAGUAAAUAUAAACUCUUGCAAAUAUUGAAUAUUGUGAAUCAGUCUUGGCAACAACAUGCAAUCGUACCAGGUCAAAACAAGAUUGUAUUCUAACAUACAGUUUAGAUUUGUGUACUUAUGUUAAUGCAUGUAUGUGUACUUAUGUAAACAAUCAAUUUAUUGAUGUGACGGAGUAAAAAUAAAAGUCACCUGUGCUGACUUUUGCAUGGGUAAGUCAUAAAGGACAAACCAACUUACAAACAGGUACAUAAUUAACCAUACACCUGUGACGCUAGCGUAUGACUUGGAAAGUGUUUUACAAAGUACAGUUCUAGCGAUAGUCUUAUCAAAAUGCAACGGUAUCAUUUGGACGAUAAGUUAAUGAGGAGGAAGUUUUUAAUAUAUACAUAGGAAACUGAAACUGUAAUAUUGAUGAUAAACAUUCCGCGAAAGCUCAGAUGGUUAUUAAAUGUUACUACAUGGUACUGCAUGGUACUGCAACUGCAUGGUACUGCAUGAUGCUGCAUGGUAGAACAUAGCAAUACAUGGUACUACGUGGUGAUAUAUAGUUCCUCAUUGUAGUACAUGGUACUGCAUGGUACUGCAUGCUAGAACAUGGUAGUAUAUGGUACUACGUGGUGCUAUAUGGUACUGUAUGAUUCUUCAUCGUACUUCAAGUACUGCAUGGUAUUUGCAUAGUAUAAUUGAUGUGACGGAGUCAAAUUAAAUCCACGUGUGUUGAACUCUGCAUGGGAAAGACAUAUUGUACAAUCCAACUUACAAACAGGUACAUAAUUAACCCUACACCUGUAACGCUAGCGUAUGAAUAGAAAAUGUUAUACCAUGUACAGUACUAACGAUAGUAUAAUCAAAAUUCAACGGUAUCAUUUGGACGAUAAGUUAUUGAGGAAGUGUUUGAUAGUUAUACAUGGGGAACUGAAACUAUAAUUGUGAUGAUAAACAAUCCGAAAAAGCUCAGAUGCUAUAGAAUGUGUUUACAUGGUACUGCAUGGUACUACGGGGUGCCACAUGGUACUGCAUGGUACUGAACUGCAUGGUACUACAUGAUACUACAUGAUACUACAUUGUACUACAUGAUAAUGCAUGGUACCUCGUGGUACAACAUGGUACUGUAUGGUACUAUAUGGUACCACAUAGUGAUACCUGUUAGCUGCUUUACAAAUCAUUUCACUGACAUCCACUGAGAGUCACUCCCUAUAUUUACACAGUAUAGGGAAAGAGUGGCGAUUGAAGCAACCGGAUUUUGCUUCUGUUAUCGGAAGAGGGCGGUUAUUUCCUAUUUCCUAUUUCGUAUCUGUUUUAACUGAAAUGAUAGAUAUGACUUUUCCAUACGCGAUAUCGUGAUCAAUUUCAGGAAUCAUUUCCGCCUAUCCGAGGUUUAAAUCUGAAAAAAAUUGUGUAAUUUGACUUUGGGAAACAGAUAGUGUUUCACAUAAAGCGUAUGGUGAUCAGUAGAAGGGGAACACGUGCUGUGCGUUCAAAAUAAGGUCUUCUACAACGUUAAAUCCUUUUGUUUUGGAAAUUAUGUACCUUAAAUUAUUUUUUGCGACUUUUCGACUCCUUUUUACUAAAAAACACGACCCUAUCCCUAUCAACGGCAGUUUAGAGAAGAGAAAGCUUAUUAUGUUAGAAACCAAAGUAAAAAUAAUGCAAAAUCAAGUGUGUUUUUUUUCAGAUCUGCACACGCCCUUUUUGGUUUUUCUCAGAUAUGCCUUUAGUGUUACGCUAAUAAUAAAAAAUGUUAGAAGAUGGAUCUGUAUGCUCAGUAUAUGUGAUGCCGUACAGUUUAUAAAUAUAUGAAAUUCGUAAGUUUAACUCGUUGAUGAGGCUGUAGUCUUCUUUUUUUUUCGACUGCGUGGAGGUGGUAUAAUGAUACUUAUGUCGCAGAUAAGGCUUUACGCUCCAAAUUGUAGAUCAGAUAGCAGAUGUUAUAGAAUGUGUUUACAUGGUACUGCAUGAUACUACGUGGUGCCACAUGGUACUGCAUGGCACUGAAUUGCAUGCUUCCUCGUAUUAAAACACGAUACUACGUGAUACUGCAUGGUACUACAUGAUACUACAUGAAACUACGUGAUACUACAUGAUACUACGUGAUACUACAUGGUAUUACAUGUAGUUUUACAAAUCAUUUUACUGAUAUCCACUUAGAGACACUCCCUAUAUUUACAUAGUACAGGGAAAGAGAGGCGAUUGAAGCGGACGGAUUUUGCUUCUGUUAUCGGAAGAGGGCGCUUAAUUCCUGUUUCCUUUUUAGUAUAUGUUCUAACUGAAAUGAUAGAUAUGACUUUUCCAUACGCAAUGUCGUGAUCAAUUUCAGGAAUUAUUUCCGCAUAUCAAAAAUAUAAAUCUGUAAAAAUGUGUACUUUGACCUCGGGAAACAGAUGGUGUUUCGCAUACAGCAGAUGGUGAUAAGUCGAAUGGGCACAUAUGCUAUGCGUUCAGAAUAAGGUCUUUUCUUCAACGUUAAAUAUAUUUAUUUAAAUAAUAUACAUUAAAUUAAUUUUUGCGAUUUUCGACCCCCUUUUACUCAAAAAACGACACUGUCCCUAUCAACGAUAAAUUGGAGAAGAGAAAGCUUAUUAUGUUAGAAACCGAAGCAAAAAUAAUUCAAAAUCAAGUGUAUUUUUCAGAUCAGCACACGUCCUUUUUGUUUUUUCUCAGAUAUGCCUGAAGUGUUAACGCUAAUAAAAAUAAAAUGUUAGAAGAUGGAGCUGUAUGCUCAGUAUUUCUAAUGCCGCACAUUCUAUAAAGAUAUGAAAUUCGUACAUGAGGUUAUACGGUCGGUAUUUGUGGCGGUGCAGAUACUAAAAUAAUAAUUUCAUAACACGUAAAGUCUUCUUAUUUCUGGAUGUGUAGAUGGGAUAAUGAUAUUUUGUUGUUGAUGAGGCUGUACACUCCAAAUUGUAUGCAGUAGAGAUGCUUAAUAACAAUAAGUUCGUAGAGAAGGCUGUAGGCUCCUUAUUUGUGGCGGUAUAGAAAGUUAUAUACAACUCGUUCUUGAGGUUGUAGGCUCCUUUUUUUGGCGUUGUAAUAGAUAUUAUGAUAUUCAAAUUGUUGAUGAUGUUUACGCUCCUAUUCGUGGUAUUGUAUAUGUUAUGAUGAUAUUGAACUCACAAGUGAGGUUUUAGACUCCUUAUUUGUGACUGUAAAGAUGCUAUAAUUGUAACGGAAAUUAGGUUGCGUGAUUCAUAUUCGUAACAAUGUUGAAAAUAAUAUUUAACUCGUACAUGACGUUGUAGGCUCCAAAUUUGCGGCUUUGAAGAUGCUUUAAUGAAAUUUAAGUGGUAGAAGAGGUUGUGUUCUCCUUAUUUGUGGCGUUGUAGAUGCUGGAGAUAAUAUGUAUAUUAAACUUGACCUAUAUAAACUACUGUUUAUUUGAUGUACAUUAUGCAUACACUAUAUCUUAUAUUACAAUCUGAAGCUUAUUAUCCCCAAUGUAACAUCUUUCCGGUUCAGUGUUUCGCUUGAACGCCGUCCGCCGGAGAUAAACACUUCUCCCACUUCAAGACACUCAUAUCAACGUGCUUUCUGGUGAUUCACAUAUCAAGUUUCUGUGUUGUUUCAAUGGCAUAAGAACUCAGGUUAUAAGGGCUUUCUCAAGUGAAUUUGAUGAUUGAGAAGCUCUAAAGGAUAAUCAAGCAUGUGGUUUGUACAUAGUAUGACAAAAAAUGUAAUAAAUAGUUUGAAUUUGAAAAAGCAUGCAAUAGAUGAACAUCACCAUAACCUGCGUUUGUGUCAUUUUACGUAUAGGCCAUUUGUAAAUAAGAGUAACCACUGAUUAUCUGUGUAUAUAGUACCGGUGUGUAGUAAACAGCAAAUUACUUGGCUACUAGAUAACUGUUGACUUAGCGUGUUAUUUGCACGUCAUUGCCUUCAAAUAUGAUUUCGCAAUAGAGCGAGCGUCAACAAUUACAUGACUGAAUAUAAGACUUGUAUCAGAUGCUGGAAAGUUAUUAUUUUCUCGAUAACCAAAUUGUUUAUCAUAUAAUAUACAUUCAUAUUUGUCAAGUCAUAUUUUGUGUGAAUGGAAAUAUAUGUAAAAUUCUUUUCUAAAGCACCUGUUGAACAGAAAUCGAUCAGUAAAUUAUCUUAGAUAGAACAUCAAUGAGCCAGCUGACUGCCAUUGUCGAAAUGGCAUUUAAGGAAUAAAUUAAACGUACACGUACGCCAGAAAGUUUUUGUAGCAUAUAAUUGUAGUUCAUCCAUAUAACGUUGUUCAACUACAACGCAUUUGAUUGGAUUGCGUUGAACAGAAGACUGUACAAUAAACCGUCGUUUUUCCUAUCGCGCUGUCGUUUCCACGAUCAUAUCCCCCUUUUCUACCGUUAAUUUGUUGUUUUUAUUAUGGUAUAAGUAACAAUGUGUUGACAUUGUUUGGAAGAAAUUAUGAUUCUUUGUUAACCUUAAGCGUUUUAUUCCCCCUUUAUCCUAGUAGCGAGUGUACAAAUAUUCAAAUAUUCCCAAAACAAAUAUAUAACUAUGUGAAUGUGUCAUAGAUGAGAGAUAUUACUGCCUAGCAAUAAUAGUUUGUUUCUAUUGUUGAUUUUUAUUCCAAGACAUGGCUAAAUAAAAAUUGCAUGUGUAAAUCAUAGGCAUAGCUAACAAAAGAAGAAAACGUGGUACAUGGUGUAGAUCAUAUCUUAAAUAAUAUAUGGUGAAUUGAAUAGCACACAAACAACGUAUGUCAUUACAGAAUAUGAACAUAUUGCGCCAAGUUUUACGUUAAGGUGUGAUACAGAUCGAGCUAUAUAGAAAUAUGUCCCGGGAUACCCUUUCUAGGGAAUUAAAAUACAAAUAAAAUAUCUGGAAAAUAUUGAAUAUUGUACAUCAAUCUUAUCAACAUCUUGUAAUAGUACCAGGUCAAAAAGGAUGUUAUUUUUUAAAACAUCUAUAAUUUUGGACUUACGUGAUAAACUAUUAAUAUGUGUACUUAUGCUAUCAAACAACUGAUUGAUGUGACGGAGUCAAAUUAAAUCCACCCGUUGACCUCUGCAUGGGAAAGACAUAAAGGACAAUCCAACUUACAACCAGGUACAUAAUUAACCCUACACCUGUAACGCUAGCGUAUGACUUAGAAAAUGUUAUACCAUGUACAGUACUAACGAUAGUAUACUCAAAAUUCAACGGUAUCAUUAAGACGAUAAGUUUUGAGGAGGAAGUGUUUGAUAGUUAUACAUGGGGAACUGAAACUAUAAUUGUGAUGAUAAACAAUCCGAAAAAGCUCAGAUGUUAUAGAAUGUGUUUACAUGGUACUGCAUGGUACUACGUGGUGCCAAUUGGUACUGCAUGGUACUGAACUGCAAGGUUCUUCGUGGUACAACACGAUACUACGUCAUACUGCAUGGUACUACAUGGUACUACAUGAUACUACAUUGUACUACAUGAUAAUGCAUGGUACUUCGUGGUAAAACAUGGUACUGUAUGGUACUACAUGGUACCACAUAGUGAUACCUGGUAGCUUUACAAGUCAUUUCACUGACAUCCACUGAGAGUCACUCCCUAUAUUUACACAGUACUGGGAAAGAGUGGCGAUUGAAGCAACCGGAUUUUGCUUCUGUUAUCGGAAGAGGGCGGUUAUUUCCUAUUUCCUAUUUCGUAUCUGUUUUAACUGAAAUGAUAGAUAUGACUUUUCCAUACGCGAUAUCGUGAUCAAUUUCAGGAAAUAUUUCCGCAUAUCCGAGGUUUAAAUCUGAAAAAAUUGUGAAAUUUGACUUUGGGAAACAGAUAGUGUUUCACAUAUAGCGUAUGGUGAUCAGUAGAAUGGAAACACAUGCUGUGCGUUCAAAAUAAGGUCUUCUCUACAACGUUAUAUACUUCUUUUUUGGAAAUUAUGUACCUUAAAUUAAUUUUUGCGACUUUUCGACUCAUUUUUACUAAAAAAACGACCCUAUCCCUAUCAACGGCAGUUUAGAGAAGAGAAACCUAAUCAUGUUAGAAACCAAAGCAAAAUUAAUGCAAAAUCAAAUGUGUUUUUUUUCUGAUCUGCACACGCCCUUUUUGGUUUUUCUCAGAUAUGCCUUAAGUGUUACGCUAAUAAAAAAAUUGUUAGAAGAUGGAUCUGUAUGCUCAGUUUAUGUGAUGCCAUACAGUUUAUAAAUAUAUGAAAUUCGUACAUGAGGUUAUACGUUCAGUACUUGUGGCGUUGUAGAUGCUAAAUGAAGUUUAACUCGUUGAUGGGGCUGUAGUCUUCUUUUUAUCGACUGCGUAGAGGUAUAAUGAUAUCUAUGUCGCAGAUAAGGCUUUACGCUCCAAAUUGCAGGCAGUGGAAAUGCUUAAUAAUAAUAAACUCGUAGAGAAGGCUGUAGGCUCCUUAUUUGUGGCAGUAUAGAAAGGUAUCUACAACUCGUUCUUGAUGUUGUAGGCUUCUUUUUGUGGCAUUGUAAAAGUUAUAAUGAUAUCAACUUGUUGAUGAGGUUUUACGCUCCUUAUUCGUGGUAUUGUAUAUGCUAUGAUGAUAUUAAACUAAUAAAUGAGAUUGAAAACUCCUUAAAUAUGAGGUUGUAGAUACUACAGUGAUAUUCAACCUGUUGAUGAGGGUUUACGCUCCUUAUUUAUGGCAUUGUGUAUGUUAUGAUGAUAUUCUGAACAAAAAAAGAAACGCACAAUUAAAUUAUGCAAUCAAUAGCCUAU